UGUGUCAGUCCUUACAAAUUUCGGAUUUUACCGGUAAGUUUGUUUCGCCGGUUCAGAUAACCUAGCUGGUUCCGGUUUCUACUUUUACUUUCACUUUGUGAGGAAUCAAGGGCGAGAAUGUCAGAUUCUCUGAGAGGAUUUGUUGUUGGUUUAACAGUAGAUGCUGGGGUAGCAUUGAUUUUGUAUUACUUUUACAAGAGGAGUAAAAGAGCAGCAAACGAAAUUCAGAAAGCAGAAUGGUAUGGCUUAGACAGAGAUUUGAUAAAGAAACUUAAAGAGUUACCAGAUCAAACAAUUCCUUAUGGAUGCAUAGAAGGUAUAACAGCUAGUACUAGGAGGCUGAGAAGUCACUAUGAAGAUGAUAUCCAGGGUGUCAUUAGAAACAUUGCAUUGAUUGAACAUAAAUCAAAAAGAAACAAUGGUGUAUGGUCAGAUGUCCAAAAUGUUAUCCGUGAUGUUGUAGAUGCAGUGCCUUUUUAUUUGCACAAAGUUCAAAAAGAUGGUUCAAAUGAUGCCAGAGUUCAUAUCACGGAAGCGAAAAGUGCAGGUUUUCUAUUAGAUGACCUCACUGUAACCUAUGACAGUUAUAAGUCCGACCAAGCUGGUCUGCUUCAGCGCGGACUAGAUAGAAUUUUUGGUGAGGUAAUCAAAGGGAUGCAUGAAUAUGAGAAAAUGUUGGUUUUAGGAACUCCCUUGCUGGGGAUUGGGCAGUUAAAGCUGGAAAAUGAUAAAAUAAUCAUGUCACCACCAGAGAAUGGGUCACGAUUCAUACUUACUACACAAACCAAAGAAGAAGUCGUUAAACAUUUCUCGUCACAAUCAAACAUUAUUAAAAUAUUUCUUGGUAUUACCUGUGUUAUAGGUGUUGGCCUGGCCACAUACAUUAUAAAAAAAUGGUACACAAAAUGGCAGAGUAGAAAACGAAUAGAAAGAAUGGCCCAGGAGGCUCAGAAUGCAAGAAUGGCUGCAAGAGCUGCAGCAAAUAAUCGUCAAGCAUCUAAUAAUUCAGACUCUUUGGAGUGUGUUAUUUGUCUAUCAAACCCAAGGGAAGUCAUUUUGUUAAAUUGUGGACAUAUAUGUGUGUGUAUUGACUGUGUUCAAGCAUUACCUCAACCAAUGAAAUGUCCGGUUUGUAGACAGAAUGUUGAAAGGUUCCAUAAUGCGUACAUGGCAUAAGAAAUUACUCGUACAAUGUUGUAAUUUAAUAAUAAAUAUUUUUAUAUA